AUGUUAAAUUCUAAAUUUUUGGUGGAACCAAUGACUUUGAGCAUUGCAGAUUAUAUUCUUGCUCCUCAUUUGUGUGUCGAAAGGAAGUCCGUCAGUGAUCUUAUUGGUUCUCUCAAUUCUGGAAGACUCUUUCUUCAAGCCACCGCAAUGUCACGUCACUACGCAAGUCCAGUCCUCCUUAUAGAAUUUUCCAUGCCUAAUAAAAUUUCUAGUCUCAGUCAUGGAAAUACAAGAGGAUUUCGGGGAAAUGAAGCAGUUGGUUUCUCUUUAUAUACUGGAAAGCAUGCGAUCAAUCCCAGUUCAGAAUUCAAUUCUCAUCAUCUAUUAGCAAAACUUGUUUUGCUCACCAUUCACUUUCCUAAUUUACGAAUAUUUUGGAAAAUUAAACUCGGUCGACCAGAGCCAACUGUUGAAAAGCUUCCUCAGGAUGGAGAUCAUUUAGAGGAUCAUAAUGUUGAAGCUGUUGACAUGCUACUUAAAUUGCCUGGUGUAUCAUGGAAAAAUUAUCGACGUAUUAUGAAUCAUAUAUCUUCACUGUUCGACUUAGUUGAUUGCAGUUUAGAAAGGUUGACUGAAAUUUUGGAUAGCAGUGAAUGUGCAAUGAAACUGUACACGUUUUUGCACUCCAAAUGCAGCAAUUCAAUUGUCUUGUCUACUGAAAAUGAUCCUCUUGUUUCUGGUGAUUCGUCUAGAAAUCCGAAAAAACGUAAAGCGAGAUUAAAUUUAGCAGCCAGUGUUAAAACACGUCGUGGAAAAGGUUGUGGACCUGCUAAACCUUCAUGA